UAUGUCAUACACUUUCGUCUAUGACUAAAUGAUAACCUCAAAUUUGAAUAAUCAAAUAAUUUAAAUUAUUUCAAAUUCAAACUCGAAUUUCAAUUAUGUCUGAACAGAAAAAAGUGUUGAUGGUUUGCUUAGGCAAUAUUUGUAGAUCUCCGAUAGCAGAAGGAGUCUUUCAGCAUCUCGUGAGGCAAAAGGGUCUCGAAUCGAAAUGGAUGGUCGAUAGUGCCGCAGUCGCGGGUUAUCAUAUUGGCAAAUCGCCCGAUCACAGGGCUCUUACAACGAUGAAAAGUAACGGUAUCGCAUAUUCCAACAAAGCCAGACAGGUGAAAAAGCAAGACUUUGAGUCGUUCGAUUUCAUAUUCGGUAUGGACGAAGAGAAUAUUUCCGACUUGGAGGGUAUGGCACCUGCGAAUUGUAAAGCCAAAAUUGGAUUGUUGGGCGAUUAUGAUCCGCAAGGAGAACGGAUCAUCAGAGACCCUUAUUAUGAUAGGGGUGCUGAGGGUUUUAAGAAAUGUUACCAGCAAUGUCUCAGAUCAUGCACGGCAUUCCUUGAGCAACACUCUUGAAUACUUAAAAUGUAUAUGAGGUAUUGGUGUAAAUAAAAUUGUGGGUGGAUUUUUAGAAAGGUGAAA